GAAGAAACCUUUAAAGAAUUAAGUUUAUAUACUGACGAAUUCUUGAUACAUGCUGCUGAUGUUGAAGGCUUAUGUAGAGGUAUCGAUGAAACUCUAGUGAAAAAAUUAUAUGAAUGGACUAGAAAUAUAGAUAAACAUAUUAAAAUAGUUUAUGCUGGAGGUGCAAAAUCUGUUCAAGAUCUUGAAUUGGUGGAUAAGCUAAGUUCAGGGAAAGUGGAUUUAACGUAUGGCAGCUCUCUAGAUAUAUUUGGGGGAGAAUUAGUGAAAUUCGAAGACUGUUGCCAAUGGAAUAAGUCUCAAAAUUGA